AUGUGUAACCACGUUUUGAUUCAGGUGGUUUCGAUCAAGGUUAUCCGCAAUAAGCACACUGGUUUAUCUGAAGGUUAUGGCUUUGUGGAGUUUCUUUCGCAUGAUGUCGCUGAUAAAGUUUUGAAGAAGUUUAAUGGAACAUAUAUGCCGAAUACAGAUAUGCCUUUCCGUUUAAAUUGGGCCAGUUCUAGCACCGGCGAGGAGAAUGAACAUGAGCUCUCUAUUUUUGUGGGGGAUUUGGCGCCAGAUGUCUCUAAUUCUCUAUUGUACAACACCUUUUCAGAGAUCUAUCCUUCGGUUAGAGAUGCAAUAGUUAUCAUAGAUACAUAUACUGGUAGAUCAAAGGGUUUCGGUUUUGUGAGGUUUGGAGAUGUAAACGAGAGGACCAAAGCAAUGACAGAAAUGCAUGGC